AUGGCCGAGCAAGAGCAAGAGAUGGAAAGAUUCAUCGAAGAGCUUACAGAUCUACGUAGGAAUAUAGGUCAAAUCAUGGAGAUUUUGCAAGAAAUAUGUGCAAAGAUAGAUACUCAACCCACAAUUGUUCUUGAGAUCGUCAAUCCGGUGAUUAAUCCUCAGCCAGAAGUUACUACUCCAGCAACUUGGCCUUCCUUUGGUCUUCCUCGUGGUUUUGUGCCUCCUCCUCAAGGACAGUCCACUCAGCAUACAGUUCCACUAACUACUAAAGUUAAUCAAGUUAUUCCCACUUUUGCACCCACUUCCAUGCACACUCGAGUUCAACCGUACUUCGAUGAUCAUCAACAAGUGUAUGAUAUACCUGAUAUGUAUGAAGAAGGUGAUGAAAGACAUGAAAAACUGAGAGAAAAUUUUGAAACUAUUGAGAAAAGGCUGAGAGAAAUGAAAGGUGAUCAGAUCUUUGGUGAUGCUGCUAGAGAAAUAUACCUUGUAUCUGGAUUGGUGAUCCCCGCAAAAUUCAAUACACCCAACCUUGAUCAAUAUGAAGGAGAUACUUGUCCCAAAAGUCAUCUCAUCAUGUACUACAGAAAGAUGGCAACUCACAUGGACAAUGAAAAACUUAUGAUCCACUAUUUCCAAGACAGUUUGAAAGGUGCCUCUUCCAAAUGGUACUUGACCCUUAAUCAGACUCGCAUCCGUUGUUUCAAAGAUCUGUCUGAUGCUUUCAUCAAACAAUACAAGUACAACAUGGAUAUAGAUCCUGAUAGAAGGCAAUUAUUGAGCAUGUCCCAAAAAGAUUAUGAAUCCUUUAAAGAAUAUGCACAAAGGUGGAGAGGAACUGUAUCUCAAGUGGAACCUCCAUUAACUGAAAAAGAAUUGGUGGAUUGGUUCGUCGACACUAUGCAACCAUAA